AUGGAUUCUGCGGUCGAGCUGCAUAACGGUGAUCUUGUACGUAUUGGACGAGCUCAACCAUUCGUAUUCGAAAAACGCAGUCUCAUCCCUCUCAGUGGGAACAGUAUUAUCGACGAUGCCCCCGUAGACAAAGAUAUGUCUAAAUCCGCUAUGUUCCCUGUUCUGGGGACUAAGGUAAGCCAUUUCCCUGUCUAUUUAUUUAGUCAUCUAAUUAUUUAUCUAUUUAUUUGUUUAUUUAUUCACUUAUCUGUCAACCUGUUUAUUUUAAUACACAAUCAUCUUCUCAAUAAUCAUUAG